AUGGAGGCACCGCACAUGGCCUUACGAAAUCUACCCCGGCGUGCCCCUAGGCUCGCCGUUGCACUUCGACAUGCGGAUCGUUCGACUGCCGCUUUAGCUUACUCCCCGAUGGCAGUAUGGAGCAGAAGACAGUUCGCUACGACUUCGAGCCCAUCAUUCCCAGGCGGCCCUAUGGGUAUGGGCGGCUCCGGUUCCUCUCCGACAUACUUCCAACGCCAGACGAGCCUACCCGCGAACACCAUUAUCCGAUUCGUACCGCAGCAAACAGCAUGGAUUGUGGAGCGCAUGGGCAAGUUUAAUCGGAUAUUGCAGCCUGGGUUGGCUAUCCUCGUCCCGAUCAUCGAUCGCAUUGCCUACGUCCAAUCGCUAAAAGAGGCGGCCAUCGAGAUCCCUAGCCAGAGUGCCAUUACUGCCGACAACGUCACAUUGGAGUUGGAUGGUGUUCUUUACACAAGAGUAUUUGAUGCCUACAAAGCGAGCUAUGGCGUCGAAGAUGCGGAAUAUGCCAUUUCACAGCUGGCGCAGACGACGAUGAGGUCCGAGAUUGGUCAGCUCACCCUGGAUCAUGUUCUUAAGGAAAGAGCAAAUCUCAAUUCAAACAUCACGCAGGCGAUCAACGAAGCCGCACAAGAGUGGGGUGUGAUAUGCUUGAGAUACGAGAUCAGGGAUAUCCAUGCCCCGGAAGGUGUUGUCGCCGCCAUGCACAGGCAAGUCACGGCGGAACGAUCAAAACGAGCGGAAAUCUUGGAAUCCGAAGGUCAGCGCCAGAGUGCCAUCAAUAUCGCCGAGGGUCGCAAACAAUCCGUUAUCUUGGCCUCGGAGGCAUUGAAGGCCGAGCAGAUUAACAUGGCAUCUGGUGAGGCCGAGGCUAUCUUGCUCAAAGCAGAGGCAACUGCCCGGGGUAUCGAUGCCGUCGCGGACUCCAUCAAACGGGGAGAAGCCAACGCUCAAGGAGCUGUCAGCUUGAGUGUUGCAGAAAAAUAUGUUGAAGCCUUCGGUAACUUGGCCAAAGAAGGAACUGCUGUUGUUGUGCCGGGCAAUGUUGGAGACAUCGGCCAGAUGAUUGCCACAGCUAUGGCUGUGUACGGGAAAGUGAACGAGAAUCAAACCAAGAAUCUGGCAGCCAAAGUUGUUGGCACAUCGACAGAGAAAGACGAGUCCCGAUCGAAGGAUGUUGGGGCCCGAGUAAUUGAGGCGGCCCAGCACGGAGAUGCAAAGGAUGUUGCACAAACAGUUCUUGAAGGGUUUGAGCAGACACGAGAAGCAAGGAGAUGA